UCUAUGUUCGAUGUGAUGAGUGAACAAUACAAACUACACCCCUGAUGCUAAAAUAAUAUAACGACAUAUUGCAAAACUGUUACCAGUUGACUUGACAGCUUGACACAUUAAUUCUUACUUGUUUAAGUGUUGAAAAGCCGGGAGAACUUUGCAGAUUUGAUAUUCCAGGAUUGAUUAUCUAUUUAUAACCUCACACCUAGUUAUAUACGAUAAAAAAUCAAGAAAUGCCUCCAAAAAGGACCAAAAAAGAGGAGGAGUCGUCUGAUAGCGAUGAGGGGCCAGUUGAUAUGCCUACAAAUGCAACUUCUGACUGGUCAGUUGAAGACAAAACUACAUUUUUAAGAGUCGUUAAGGAAUAUGGACUGAGCAAUAUGUAUCAAAUAUGUAAAGCACUGCCAAACCAUUCCAAGGGAGACAUUGAGAUCUUUAUUAGAAAUCAGAUGAAAUUGAGAUCAAAAUACAAGCAAAUUGUUUCAAUUAUACAACGAAGUCAAAGACCAGCAAGGGUUUCUAAGAGGAAUAGAGAUAAAAGUUGCAUCGAUUUGUGGAUAGAUUUGUUAUUAAAAUAUCAUAUGGAUAUUCCAAGGUACUUCAACCCUAUAGCUUUCUCUAUGCAGCUUAUAAGUGACUUUGGUGUGCACAAUUCUGGUUCCGAAGAAGAUGUAGAUUUUAAAAAAAUAUAUUUAUAUAUAAGUCAAGCAUUGCAAGGUGUGAAUCCAUGUCAACUUAACAAAAAUACAGAUAUGUUUUUGCGGAAAAUUUUAGCAGACUUAGCUAAAGAACAUGAAGAUGAAAGUAAGUUUAUUGCAGAAAGAUCAUUUGUGAGUGAAAUUAAGACUAACAAAAUAUCACUCAAAAAAGUAAAAAUCUAUGAAACUCAUACUAAUUCAUUAUUAGCAAAUAUAAAAAAUAUUCAAGAAGAUAGAGAAUUGAAUCCGUUGGAUGUUCCACUAGAGAUGAUUACAGAUGAAACUUGAAAAUUUUCUAUUGAAACAUAACAGAAUGCCAGAACAAUUUGCAUGUUUUUAAAGCUUUAAAAAAGCGGGUCUAAAUGCUUUCACUUUCAACUCAGUGAUUUAAUUUUAAAAACAA